CAAAAAUAUUUGACACAUUUCACCAUGCAUAUUGCGUGACAAAAUUCAACUAUUACAUUUCAUUAGUGGCAAGAAAUAUAUUUUGAUAAAAAAAUAAUUUUUGUGUUUAAUUUUCCAAGAAUUGAGUGAAAUGAGAUCUGUAGGAUAUUUAAAACAAAAGGGUAUAAUUUUACGCCUACUCACAUCUUCAAAAUUACCAAGUGUUAUACAAUGUAGGCGACAUUUUUCAAGCUCGGAAAAUGAGAACGUACAAUCGCCAGAGAUAGAUGAUUGUCAAAUCAAAGCUCUAACGGAGAAAAAUAACGAGUUAAUGGAUAAGUAUAAAAGAGCACUUGCUGAUGGAGAAAAUUUGCGAUUACGUCUGACUAAACAAAUCCAGGAUGCAAAAAUGUUUGGUAUUCAAUCAUUUUGUAAAGAUUUAUUAGAAGUUGCAGAUACACUGAAACAAGCAACAAUAUCUGUACCAAAAGAAGAAAUUAACGACGAAAAUCCCCACUUGAAAAAUUUAUACGAUGGAUUGAUACUGACAAAAAAUUCCUUGGACCAAGUAUUCAGGCGCCAUGGUUUAGAAACUAUAGAGCCGUUAAAUUCCAAAUUUGAUCCGAAUUUACAUGAAGCACUUUUUCAAAAGGAAUGUAAUGAUGUUGAGGCUGGAGUGGUUGUUGAAGUGACGAAAAUUGGCUAUAAACUGCAUAAUAGGUGCAUUCGUCCUGCACUCGUCGGUGUUUCCAGAAACUAGUAACAUUAUUCUUCAAAGUGAUCUUUAGGUCACAUAAUUAGUUGAUAUCAAUUGCGUUAAAUUAUAUUUGCGUUAAAUUAACAAUUGAACAUAGUUUAUAUGCAAAAUUUCCAAUAAAAUUACAAAUUCCAACGAAAA